UGAGGCGGGCCCACCUUAUCCCCUUGUCGCCCAUGUCGUUCCUUGUCACCUGCGCGGCGUCAUCCAAAACCAUAUCACCUCUAUCUCCAUAAUCUAUUUAUCUACCUGAAUUAGUAUCUCUAGUUGUACCCCGAGACCGAACCAUUUUCAUUGCAUCUGCCUAGAGUUCAAAUAAUCUUGUGAUAGCCAACAUCACACUUUCCUCUUUUGAUUAUUCGCAUCAACAACAAAUCCCCCGCACUCUAUACAACAUCUUCUAUCCUCCAUCUUCCAUCUUCCGUCUUCCGUCUUUCGUCUUUCGUCUUCUUGUCUUCUCGGUAUCUCUAGACAGGCGACGUCAUCUUCUUGACUGCGAUCAACGACUACGAUCAAUUCUACCCCGCGAUCGAUAUCGUAUCGUCUAUAACAGUUGCUGGAUAAACCUUCUACCCGAUCGGGAUUCGUAUAUUACCCACGCCAAAUCAACCUUGAUCUCGAUAUCCAUCUUUCCCAUCACCAUGUCUGGCGUCUGGGGCUGGUUUGGCGGCGGUGCUGCCCAGAAAAAGAAGGAUAGUCCCAAAAAUGCCAUCCUCGGUCUUCGCGCGCAGCUAGAUAUGCUACAGAAACGUGAAAAGCAUCUCAUGACACAAAUGGAAGAGCAGGACGCUAUCGCGCGAAAGAACGUAAACACGAAUAAGACUGCUGCGAAGGCCGCUUUACGGAGGAAGAAGACGCAUGAGCACAGCCUUGACCAGACGAUAUCGCAAAUCGGAACCCUGGAGCAGCAAAUUAACGCCAUCGAAUCGGCAAAUAUCAACCGAGAAACCCUGGCGGCGAUGGAGAGAGCAGGAGACGCAAUGAAGCAUAUCCAUGGGAAGCUUACGCCCGAAAAAGUCGACGAAACUAUGGACAAAAUACGAGAACAAAACGCGCUCAGCGAAGAAAUCGUCAAUGCCAUCACGAGCAAUCCGAUCGGAGGAGAGCCCAUUGACGAAGAUGAACUGGAAGGCGAGCUCGAGGCGAUGCAACAGGAACAGCUUGAUCAGAAGAUGCUCGAAUCAGGUAGCGUGCCGGUAUCAGAUGCAAUCCACAGAAUGCCUGCUGUCGGAAACCAAGAAAUCAAAGGCAAGCCUCAGGCCAUCGAAGAAGACGACGAAGAAGCCGAGCUCCGUAAACUCCAAGCAGAGAUGGCAAUGUGAAAGGUUAGCCAGUUUCAGUAUCUACUUGCUCUUAUAUGCCGACAAUGGCAGCAUGGGAUUUCAGUCUGGAAUUGCGACAGCGGUGGUCCAAGAAUGAGCGAUUGCACGAGGGGAAGGCAUUUGAGUUGCAGUCGGAAUUUGGACCAGAUCGUAGGGAUCUGAACGAGGUGUCAGAUGCAUAGCAGUCCCCUUUUUGAGCCAUAUUUCCCCAUUCCUGAUUUCGGCGUUGGCGUUCUAAGACUUAGGUGUGCUUCGUUGGCGGUUAUACAUUUUCAACAUGAUCCGUUGGUCAAUGAAGUAUGUUCUAGUCUAGGUGCGCACAUGAGUCUAAUAUACCAUCGAUGGUGCUAAACUAA